CGCCUCCGCGGCCAUGCCGAAUAAAAACAAGAAGGAGAAAGAACCUGCAAAAUCAGUCAAGAGUGGAAAAAGUGGCAAAGAUGCACAAGAUAACCAAGAACAUGAGGUGUCAAACAAAAAGUCAAAUAGCACUCCUCCCCCGGCACAAUUGUCUAAAAUCAAAGUACCAGCACCACAGACUGUAGUGAAGAAGGAAAAGCGUCAGAGUUCUUCAAGGUUUAAUGUUAGCAAUAACAGGGAGCUUCAAAAACUGCCAGCUUUAAAAGAUGUUCCUCCAGCGGAUCAAGAAAAGCUUUUUAUCCAGAAGUUACGACAAUGUUGUGUACUUUUUGACUUUGUUUCUGAUCCACUAAGUGACCUAAAGUGGAAGGAAGUAAAACGAGCAGCUUUAAGUGAAAUGGUAGAAUAUAUCACACACAAUCGCAAUGUGAUUACGGAACCUAUUUACCCUGAAGUAGUACAUAUGUUUGCAGUUAAUAUGUUUCGAACAUUACCACCAUCUUCCAAUCCAACGGGAGCAGAAUUUGAUCCAGAGGAAGAUGAACCAACCUUAGAAGCUGCUUGGCCUCAUCUACAGCUUGUUUAUGAAUUUUUCUUAAGGUUUUUAGAAUCUCCAGAUUUUCAACCUAAUAUAGCUAAGAAAUAUAUUGAUCAGAAGUUUGUAUUACAGCUUUUAGAGCUCUUUGACAGUGAAGAUCCUCGUGAAAGAGAUUUUCUUAAAACAACUCUUCACAGAAUAUAUGGGAAAUUCUUAGGCUUAAGAGCUUACAUCCGGAAACAAAUUAAUAAUAUAUUUUAUAGGUUUAUUUAUGAAACAGAGCAUCACAAUGGCAUAGCUGAAUUACUGGAAAUACUGGGAAGCAUAAUUAAUGGAUUUGCCUUACCAUUAAAAGAAGAGCACAAAAUAUUCCUAUUGAAGGUUUUGUUACCAUUGCACAAAGUGAAAUCACUCAGUGUCUACCAUCCACAGCUGGCAUACUGUGUAGUUCAGUUUUUAGAAAAGGACAGCACACUUACAGAACCGGUGGUAAUGGCACUGCUGAAAUACUGGCCAAAGACUCACAGUCCAAAAGAAGUAAUGUUUUUAAAUGAACUAGAAGAAAUUUUAGAUGUUAUUGAACCAUCUGAAUUUGUUAAAGUUAUGGAACCUCUCUUCAGACAGCUAGCCAAAUGUGUGUCCAGUCCACACUUUCAGGUUGCGGAGCGAGCGUUAUACUACUGGAAUAAUGAAUAUAUUAUGAGUUUAAUUAGUGAUAAUGCAGCAAAGAUUUUACCCAUCAUGUUUCCAUCCUUGUACCGGAAUUCAAAGACGCAUUGGAAUAAGACAAUACAUGGCUUGAUAUACAAUGCUCUGAAACUCUUCAUGGAGAUGAACCAAAAACUGUUCGAUGACUGCACACAGCAAUUUAAAGCAGAAAAACUGAAAGAGAAGCUAAAAUUGAAGGAACGGGAAGAAGCAUGGGUUAAAAUAGAAAAUCUAGCCAAAUCAAAUCCCCAGUACCCAACAUACAGCGACACGAGUUUGCUGAACAGUCCUGUUGCAAUGGAAACAGAUGGGCCUUUAAUUGAAGAUUUGCAGACGCUGAAAAAGACAGUGAAAGAAGAGGCUUGUCAGGCACAAAAAGAUCAGAAAAAAGAUCGUCCUCUUGUGCGACGCAAGUCAGAACUGCCUCAGGAUAUCUAUACCAUGAAAGCCUUGGAAUCACAUUGCAGAGCUGAUGAAUUAAUAUCACAUGAUGGGCAUUAAACUAUUACAGUAAAAUAAUAUUUUGGAGGAAAAGUUGUUUUUUUUUUUCUGGACUCAGUUCUACAGUAGAACUUAAUUUUUUGUGCCAUACCAAUCAGUUACACAAAGAAAAAGCUUUCUUCAACCCAUUUCUGUAGGCAAUAAAUAGAGUAUGCAGCUCAAGAUUAGUAGUUCAAACAAUGGUAAAUUACCCAGUUCCAUUUGCAGAAUAUUGGGUUGACUAUAAUCAAGUGGACACAAUUUCCUGGAGGUGUUGUCAUAGUACCAACUAGCUGAUAACAUGCAGUUUUUAUAGUUGUAUGUGAGAAAAACAUUCUAUAAAAUCUUUCAUUCUAAAUAAGUGAAUGACCAAUAGUUGGUACUAAUGAUAA